AUGUUUCGUUUUCGAUUUCGUUUAAAUUCUUCAGUUUUUGCACUUGCAUCUUCCAUUUUUUUCAAUCAUUCGUCUAAAGAAUCUAAACCUAUUCAUGUAGAAAAUCCAUCUGAUUUACCACGAACACCAUAUCAACAUAUUAAUUGUACUGGUUUUGAAUGUAUUCGUGAAUCAUCCAUGAUUAAUCUAUCAUCUUCAUCAUCUUUUCUUAAACAUACACUAUAUUAUUAUUCGGAAUUAACCCAACGUUAUUGCACGCACAUGUCUACUAUGAUUGCAAUUUUAGAAGAAUUUAAAAGAUUAGAGGGUCAAGGAAAUGUUCAACAAGAAGUUUGGGAUGUAUAUGUAAAACAACGUAUUUUAUUAAGUGACAUGAAAAAUGAAUUAUUACGUUUACGUUUACUUUUAUCAACAAUUGAUCGUCUUGUUACUGAAUCUAUUGAUGCUUGUUAUCAAACACAAGAUGAAAUAGUAACACAACUUGUAGCAAAUGAAUUAGUUCAUUCAAAACGUAUUAUUGAACAAAAUGAACAGUUAAUAAUUCAAAAUGAAAGAAUACUAACUUCAGAACAAUUGAAACUUAUUGAAGGACCAGUGGAUGAGAAUGAAAUAAAAAAUGCUGAAGAAUAA